AUGUCACAAGAAAAUUCAAUUCCAGGAAAUCACCAACAGGUACCUUUAAGAGUUCUUGCUAUAGGGUCAGCAUAUGAAGACACGAUUCUUUAUGUUGAUAAGUUUCCACCCGAAGAUGGUAAACAGAGAGCACAGAGAGUAGAAAAGAGAAGAGGCGGAAAUGCAGGGAAUACUUUAACUGUUUUAUCUCAAUUCCCCUUAACUCAAGGAUAUUUUAUGGCUUCUAUGGCAUCUAAAGAAGCUUCAACGUUUUUGCUUCAAGAUUUCGAGGCACAUAAUAUAAAGACAUCAACAUGUAUAUUUAGGUCUAACGCUAAGCAUGCACCAGUGGCUUAUAUUAUACAUGCUAACAGUACAAGCUCACGAACAAUCAUAAAUUACAAUAGCAUAGAUGAAUUAACCUUUGAAGAAUUUAAGCGAAAAUUUGAUGCAGUAUGUAACGAAGUAGUGAUUAGUACAUCGAAUAGUGAUUUUCCAUUUAACUGGAUACAUUUUGAAGGGCGUAACACAGUAGAAGAAGCAAAAAUGAUAGACCAUAUUGAUACCAAAGUUUGGCGUCCCAGAACCAUAAUUAGUGUCGAAUUGGAAAAACCGUACCGUAGAGGAUUGGAAACUUUAAUGAGUAGAUCUGAUGUCAUAUUCUUUUCUAAAGUAUUUGCUGAGGGUAAAGGGUAUGAAAAUGCUGGGGAUUUUUUACAAGUUAUGGGUCCAUUUUGUAAAAACACAGCACACCUUUUUUGUACAUGGGGAAGUUCAGGAGCUAUGUGUUUUCAUAAUCCAACGCGUAAAUUAUUCACGGCUCCAGCUUUACCAAUAGCAAGCAUAGUCGAUUCGGUUGGAGCUGGUGAUACAUUUACAGCGGGGAUCAUUUAUGGAUUAAUCCAAGGCAUGACACCUGAAGGUUGUCUGAGAUUCGCUUGUGAAUUAGCGGGUAGAAAAUGCGCUCAGGUGGGGUUUGAUGGCGUCGUAGAGAAGAUAUCGUCGGAAUAUGGUAUAAAAUUUUAA